UAAACAUGGCUGCUGACGUGAGGAAGGGUGAGCCUGUGAUCCAUAUGCCUACUGAGACAGGAAAACCUGAUCCUGAAGACACAGAGGGGAUUAGGAACAGACAAGAUAUUGUGUAUUGCGAUAAUGGAUUGGGUGUAUCACAGGAUCAGUCGGCUCUUAUUUUAAUGGACACCAAAGAUCGUUACCUCAACGAUUCACUUUCCCUUACUACUCCCAAUCAUCGCUCAUUCUCUCCUACUCCUCCGCCUUAUCUUGCAUCACCGGACCCGCGAUUAGACCUAUCAAAUCCUUCAUCACCAGAGCCUCCAUUGGAGCCAUCAGGUCUCUCUACUCAUUUCCACUCUGUUUCAUCUUCACCAAGUCCUCCUGAUUCUCCGCUCAUCGAUCCUGUCACUCUCUCCCCUAACUCUCUCUCUUUUAAUCAUCUUCCUCCUCUACUCAUUGAUUCCUCACUCAUUGAUCCUUUCUCUCCCGCUAACUCACCAGUCAUUGAUCCAGGCUCUUAUUGCCAGCCAUUCCCACCUUUAGAAUCGUCACCAUCAGCACACACGUGCCUCCCAAAGCUAAAAGACUUUGAGAUUCGUCUGGAGAGACUCAGUAAACGAAAGCUUGCUCAACUCCUCAGACCCAAGAAAAGUGUAAAGAAUAAUGACUUUGUGCUGGACUUGAGCUCUGAAGAAGAUGAAGAAGACGUGCAAGGGCCAGCAGUAUGGCACCCAAGAAAGAGAAGAGUUUACUUUAUUGAUAGUGAUGAUGAGGAGGAGGAGAGAAGUGUUUCAAGAGAUGAGUUGUAUCACAGUCAAUUGUCUAGUUCAAUACACGCACUGAUGGAGUUUGCUAGUGGCAGCAGCAGCGCCAGUCCUCCUGUUCCUGCUCAAGUUGUACUUAGUCCAGACAAACCAAGAGAAUUAGGGAUGGAAGAGACAGAGGAGGAGGAGGAGGAGAAAGAAGAUAUGAACGAAGAAAAGGAGGAGGAGAACAUUGAUAGUCUUGAUGAUAUGUCAGCCAAUAGGAAAGUCAAAUUUUCUAGCCAAGUGACCCUCCUACCUUCGUUUCUACCUGCAAAGUUGUCUUAUGGAAAGUCUCAACGAAGACAAAAACAACUGAAACAGCAAAGACUUGAGCAACAAGAAGGCAGUGAUGGUGUCCGUGAUAACGAAGACACUCCUCCACCUGCUGACUUUUAUCCGUUCUAUCUACCCGCCCCUAUACUAAAGAGAAGGAACGGUGAUAAUCCUACUACUGAGGCAUCACGGCCAAAGAGGUCCCGUACUGUUUCUUGGUCUAGCUCCAACUCGGUCGCUGAUCCUAGCUAUUCUCCUGUCUCUAGGAGGCAGUUCCUUAAGGAUGAUGGUGACGUUGUGACACUUAGAAAGAAGAAAAAGAAGAAAGGGAAAGGAUUUGUAGGGACAGCUUCAUCAUCAAGAAGGAAAUCCCCAAGGAAUCAAAGCAAUAAGACUUCUACUGCCAAUCGCGAGAAAGAGCAAACUCCAGAUUUGACAUGUACUGAAACUACUGAUCUAAUGGACGAGUAUAUCUAUGAUGGUGAUAGCAUUUGGGAUGAAGAGUAUGAGCAACUCUGGGCAGAUGAUAACUAUGUUGAUGUGGUAAAUGCACACCAAGAGAAAGGCUUUCAAAGAUUGGACAGGCCUAGGAGAACGAAUAAAAGGAGUAGCGACUUGGAACUUGGUGAUAAUCCACUUGUGUGCAAUCGGGGUUGUCAGGUCCCUGAUGUUAAAGUCACAGGUCGUUUUUCAGGAACUACUGGCACUUACUACAGGGGUAGGCGUGGCCCGGUUCCUAAUCUUGAUGCAUCAACUCAGACUGGAGUAGAUGGACCUGUUCAUUCUCCGUCUGCCAAAGUCUUUGAAGAUGCCAGGCGACAAUUAUCAAGCGAAGGUCGUAUGGGAGGAGGGUCACUGUGGCUAUUGAAAGAGCCAGUCUAUUGUAAUUUAGCGAGUAGGUGUGUUCCAGUCUGCACUAAUCUCACCAAGAUACUGAGAAAGAAACACAGUGGGGCUAAAAAUCUAGUGGGCGUGGUCAACAAUGUAUUGGGCGUGGUUGAGGAUGAGGUGGGCGGGGCUCCACCGAUAGAGUUGCCUGAGAAUAUUAAAGAAAUGCUUGGUAAACUGUGGAAUUUGUUUGUUGAAUUAAAAGAGGUGGAUAUCGAGUGGCCUUUCUGGAGACAGGUCAGCGUGUUAGCCAUUGCCAUAAACCGCAUCUUCUUAUUGUCCUCACGUGAAUUUGACACUCUUGUUACAUUCAGAACUUCCAGAUACAAGUAUCACACGACUGGUGUCUCGUCACUCCUUCUUGGUCGAAUCAUAGCUGACAUGAGUCUUGUUUUUAAAACCCUCGUCGAGAGCAUCAGCAGCGACUCUUGUACAUUACCAGAGAGCUUUAAAGAGUCCCUCACCACAGGGUAUAAAAUGGCUGGCUAUGUCCAGUUCUUUAUUAAGACUGGGUGCCAUGAGCCUGACAUUUCUCUCGACGAGUUCGUCGAUGAUGGUGGGGAAGAGUCUGAAGUCAAUGACAGAGAUGAGUAUCUUGCCGAACUUGCCGAGUCCAAGCUCAAUAUCAGACUGACUGAGGCAAAUAUACUGGAGACGCAUCAUUUGAUUCAUGCAAUUGUUCCCAAAGUGUUGUCUGAUAUCACUUCAAUUGGUUUUUAUCCUUUUAGGUGUUUGCCUUGCGAAUACAAGUAUCCUAUUUUUAGUGACAGUUUUAUUACAUUUAGAGUCGACAGAGCCUCUAAGCCUCCAUACUGUGACAUUUGUAAAUUACCUCUCCCCAGCCUCCAGAGCUAUAAAGCUUUCUUUUCAAACCUCACUAAUCAUCACUGGACCAAUCCGUUCGCUGCUUCACGCAGUUUUGAGAAAAUGAAAUCAAUAAUAAGCCACAGGACGACUUCUGUGUCUGCAUCUUCCCUACCUCCUAGAGCAAUCCCAGCCAACUCUGAUUCUAAAGCUACCUCAUUGGAUUCUCAGGAGCAAUCAGCAGAUGGUUCUUCACACAGAGAAGAUGACUCAGAAAAAAUACCAACCUCAUCUUUGGACGACCUUAAUCAAAGAAAGCGUGCCAUGUUGCUGCAGGUUAAGAAUUCUCGUCAGCGAGCGAUUGAUUCUCGGCUUUAUGGGAAGAGCGAUUCUGAUGAGUUCUACGGGAGGAAUGAGAGAGAGAAGCUCAAGUCGGACAGUAGCAGUCACUUUGUGUCCGUUUUGAAUGUAUUAAGACAUAAACGUGCUCUGAAACGAAGACAGCUCCAGCACCAGUUGCAGUCACUGGCCAAUAGACAGAGUAACGGCAGGAAUUUUGUUACUUUGCGCAAUAUUUUAGCUGCAAGAGGAAUUGGGACUCGUAGCACAGCGAGUAGUGCCCCUAAUGAGAGGCAAGUGUCUUCAAGGCCAGGCUCAGGUGAUAAUUCUCAAUUAUAUUCUCCAUUGACACGAGUACUGAAGGAUCUGCUAAGCCCUGUUGUGAUUCACCCUAGCAGUGCAUUGGGAAGAGGUUUCAAUAAUCAUAACUUGCUGCAUGACGCACAGUCAUCAAGUGGUGAUAUUACUAGUCCUAGCAGUGGUCCAUUAAUUUUACAGUCCUCAAGUGGUAAUAUUACUAGUCUGCCUAGCAGUGGUCCAUCAUCAAGUUGUGAUAUUAAUAGUCUGCCUAGCAGUGGCCCACAAUCAUCAAGUGGUAAUAUUACUAGUGUACCUAGCAGUGGCCCAUCAUCAAGUAGUGGCAUUACUAGUCCUAGCAGUGGCCCAUUAACUACAAGUAGUGGCACUGUGUCUUUGAGAGCCGGUUCUUCUUCACAAGUUUCCACAUCUUCUGUUAGAGUAUCAUAUAGCUCGCCUCUUGAUACCCUGUUAGCAUACUAUAGAAACAAUAGACUCAGUAAUAGUGGCAAUGCGAGUUUCAGUAAUCAAUCACUUAUCCCUUCAUCCAAGAGUGGACGCAGUUCUCAUACUGUUCCUAGCUCUCGUACUGCACAUAAACCUCGAUCAUCUCAAAAGUCAAAAUCAGUAUCUGGUGGCAAUCCCUCUACUAGUAAUACAUCUAAUCGAUCUACUAGUUAUUCAUCUAGUAGCAUUCCAUCUACUCGUAAAUCAUUUACUAGUGCUCCAUCUACUAAUACUAGUCACCGAUCUACUAGUAAUAUAUCUACUAGAAUUCCAUCCACUAGUAAUUCAUUUACUAGUAUUCCAUCUACUAGUACUCCAGUCACUGGUGCUUCUUAUUCUACCACUUUUCCUACCAGCACUAAUGCAGGUACUCGAACUGCUAAUUUCUCAUUCAUGAAAGAGGCAACUCCAGCUGCUACUUCAUCCUUUGUCAGUUUAAGUAGCAGUUCUUUGUCAAAGCCUCAUUAUUCUAAUUCUACGCUUAAGUUGCCUUCAAUGAUGAGGGGUUCUCCCAACACUAUCUGCUCCACUAUACCCCCAUCAGUAUCUCAUUUGAGACCACUGGCUAUAAGGGAAGCACACAUGCCAAGGGAAGAGGUCCCACCACCUGCUAUAUACUUAAAAGUACUUGAGAAAGCUAAAUCCAACACUCCACCUGCUCCUCGCAAAAAAAGAACAGAGAAGGAACGGCCUUCCAAAAUGAAAGAUUGCAUGCAUAAAAUGCGAGGCUUUGGUAAAAAAGGAGGUGGUAAAAAAGGAGGUGGUAAAAAAAAGAGAGGCAGCUCCAAGGCAACCGCUGAUAGACCGAGUGAUGAACCAGGAGCCCCUCCACCUCUUACUCAAUCAACUACUCAUGCAACUGCUUCUACUCUAUCAAAUGCUGUUACUCAAUCAGCUACUCAUUCAAAUGCUGUUCCUCAAUCAGCUACUCAUUCAAAUGCUGUUCCUCAAUCAGCUACUCAUUCAAAUGCUGUUCCUCAAUCAGCUAUUCCUCAUUCAAGUACGCAUGCUCUUGCUCAAUCAAGUACUUGUUCAACUGCUCUUGCUCAGUCAACUACUCUUGCUCAGUCAACUACUCAUGCAACAGCUUCUACUCAUUCAAGUGCUGUUACUCAAUCAAGUACUCAAUUAACUGCUCUUGCUCAAUUAACUGCUCCUACUCAAUCAAAUACUCAUGCAAUUGCUUUUGUUCUAUCAACUAGUCAUUCAACUCCUGCUCCUGCUUGUCUUAUGCCAGUACUUCAAAGCUCUCCUUGUAAUUCUACUGCUUCUGGAGAUCUAGUAGCUAGUGUUCCAACAUCUGUAUCACCAGCAGUUUUUGCUCUUGCGACUGCUUUACUAGCAGUUUAUUCCACUACUGGAUCAACUGUUUAUAAUGCCAAUGCUGAUCCUCAUGUAUCUGCUAGUAAGAAUAUAUCUGUUGGACCGCUGAACUUCACCAGUUCUACGGAAUCUACUACUAGCUCUUCAACAGUUACUUCAGCUAGUGCAGUAAAUCAAACUAGUGCCUCAUCUGCUGUUGAUUCUACUAGCAAAGGAAUCUCUCCUACCACACGUAGUUCAUCUCAUUUUACAAAAGCUACAGCAGUUCCUCUUACUGGUAGUUCUCUCACUACUAGUACUACAUGGUGCACUACUGCUAAUCCUCUCACUGCUGCUGUCAAACCUACUACCAAUCCUCUUAUAGUUAUUGGACCUCUAACUGCUACUGAUCCUACUCUUGCUGUAGCCCCUUUGGGAACAACUGGCUCUUCUAAUAAUAUUUCUGUCACUAGCACUCCUAGCAGUUAUUCAGCAACUUCUCUUUGUAUUUCUAAUUCAUCUGUUCCCAGUCCCAAUGUAGCUUCUAAUUUAUCUCUAGUGAACACUUUAUCAUCACCAGUGGUUGCUCCUUUAUCUCCAGUGACUUCCUCAUCCUCUCUGGGAACAACCAGCUCUUCUUCUAGUAUUCCUGCCACUUCUGUUUGUAUUCGUAAUUCACCUGUUCCCAGUCCCAAUGAAGCUGCUAAUUUAUCUCUAGUGAACACUUUAUCAUCACCAGUGGUUGCUCCUUUAUCUCCAGUAACUCCGUCAUCUCCAGUGACUUCUUCGUCUCUAGUAAAUUCUUCAUUUCCAAUAACUUCUUCAUUUCCAAUAACUUCUUCAUUUCCAGUAACUUCUUCAUCUUCAGUGACUGCUUCAUUUCCAGUAUCCACUUCAUCUAAUCCUAGGCCUAUUACAACAGUAGCUCAGCCUCCUACUAAUAAUGUUGCUUUAAAUCGUAACAAGAGUAUCAAUAAAUCAGCAGAGCAGGCUCCUCCUCGAACUACCUCAGUCUCAUCCACUUCUCCUUCUCUUUUUUCAAACGUCUCAAUCACUAACCUUCGCUCUCCUUAUCUAUCAAACACCAACAACGAUAAGAAAAUAAGAAUCUACUCCAACCCGAAAUCAUACAAUGGUCUCACGUCUCCAGCCCCUUUCCUAAAAAAAGCGAAGCUCUUGCUCUCAGUCAUUCAUCGUGACGACUGCUCUGAGGCUGACAUCACAAUGUCCCUCCCUUCAGAUUUCACUUUCCUAAAGUCAGAGAUAAAAUCCUACGAGAUCCGUUUUGCUUGGGUGGCAAAUAAGAGCAGUUUCUUACCGGAGACCUGUCGUAAAGCUGUCUGGUUUUCGCUUGGUCUGGUGAACGUCGAGCCGGGGUAUAAGUUGCCUCUUACCGUCACGAUGCAUAAUCUGAGAAAGGACUUAUCUCAUAUACUUGUUGUUAUAGGACGGAUAAAGCAAAGUCAUGUUGUACUCAGUGAUAUUAAAUUUGUAUCAUAGCAUUGUAUUCUUUUAAUUCUAUACUGUAUCUACUUCUCUCUUCCAUGUGUUACAUGUAUUAUUCGUUUCGUUAAUGUUUAAUGUAAUCAAGCGUUCAUGAGUAAGUUGGGUGUGACGUUAAAUAAUUGUGAUCACCAAGAUGGUAGUUUUACUUAAAA